CGCUUAUAUUGAUUCGCGAAGAUGAGUCUGGCACACCUUGUUGUAAGAGAAAUACGUUGUUAAUUUCAGAAUAACAAGCAAAAAAAAAAAAAAAAACAAAAUAAAAGAAAAUAAAAAAUAUAUUAUGUUUGACUUGUAUGGGGUCGGUAGAGAUGGGACUGUUUAUCAUUCAGGACCCCCAAGAAGAAAUGAAGUUGACAUACUAGAGACGUGUUUACAACAUUCAUCGGAAGAACUAUAUAGGAAAUUACCAAAUGGAGAUGCCUUGCAUCACGUUAAAGACACAGUGAUAUCCGCUACGUUAGAAAAAAAUAAAGUUGCACCUCGUGAAAAAAGACGAAGCGUGGGACGAAAAUGUGCAAUGACUUUUGGCGUAUUUCUAUUGGGUUGUGCAUUAAUUGCAGGAGUUGGAUUACCAUUAGCUUUAGAACUUAGUAGCUCACAUUUAUUAGAAGCCAGACUUCAAGUUGUCCGGAGGAUUUUAUCUGAAAUUCCCCUCAUUGAUGGUAACAACGAUUUUGCGUGGAAAUUGCGAAAGCAUCAGGGUAGUGUGAGAAACAUUCCUUUCCAGGAUGAUCUUUCUCAAAAUAUCACAUGGGGACCACAGUGGCAAACUGACCUAGUUCGUCUUCAUCAAGGCAUCGUUGGUGCACAAUUUUGGUCGGCCUACGUUCCAUGUGAAGCUCAAUUUUUAGACGCAGUGCAAUUAACAUUAGAGCAAAUAGACGUAGUUCGUAGACUCGCCUCAAAAUAUCCAAGAAGAAUGAGGUUGGUGACCUCAAGUGAUGAACUAAAAAGGGCACAUAAGGAUGGCGUUAUUGCAAGUUUAGUUGGCAUUGAAGGGGGUCACAGUAUUGGUUCAUCAAUGGCAGUUUUAAGAAGUUUUCAUCUACUCGGUGCACGUUACAUGACCCUUACGCACAAAUGCAAUACACCAUGGGCUGAUUCAUCAUCGGUGGAAGAUCCAAAUGAAGAUGUUCCAAUGGAUUUUCACAGCGAUGGCCUUUCUGAAUUUGGAAAAGCCGUUGUCAAAGAACUUAACAGAUUAGGAAUGUUAGUUGAUCUUUCUCAUGUUUCUAUAAGAACCAUGAAAGAUGCACUGGCUGUCACUAAAGCGCCAGUUAUUUUUUCGCACAGCGCUGCAAGAAGUCUUUGCAAUUCAUCAAAUAACGUUCCAGAUGAUGUAUUAAGAAAUUUAUCUCUUAAUGGUGGCCUCGUUAUGGUUAGUUUUGAUAGUGCUCAUCUCAGUUGUGGAGAUAAAGCUUCUCUGUUCGACGUUAUAGCGCACAUAAAUCAUAUAAGAAAUACAGCCGGUGUCAAUCAUGUUGGAUUUGGUGCUGGUUAUGAUGGAAUUUUAAGUCCUCCAACAGAACUUCCUGAUGUUUCUGGCUAUCCUCUUUUAUUAGCGGAAUUAACAAGAGACAGAAGAUGGUCAGCAUCGGACAUAAAGAAACUAGUAGGUGGAAAUCUUUUACGCAUUCUAACUGAAGUGGAAAAUCAUGCUUUAACACUUUCAAAUCAAUCUCCAGCUGAGGAAUGGAUAAAUCAAAAUCUUAUAAAAGACACUGCAUACUGUAGAUACGAUGUUACUUAAAAAAAAUCUAAACUUCUACAUAAAAAUGCAAAGUAAAUUUGUAUUUUUUUAUACAAAAAAAAAUGAUAUAUAAUAUGUGUAAUUUCAGAUGAAAGAUGAACAUUUCUAUAUUAUAAUGAGAUUUUGUUAAAAGUUGAAAGCGAAAAAUGUGUUAAUAUUAAUAAGUUCAUAUAUUGCAUUUCAUUCAUUGUAUAUACAUGCAAUUUUUCAUGUGAAAGAUAUAUUUCAAUUAUAAAACUCAAUUAGAAUUUUAAAAUGAUAACUAUAUAUUGCAAUUUAAAU